UAUAAAAAGUAUAGGACACAGAUAGGUUUUGUCAGAAUAAACAUAUUUACAGAUUAUGAACAUAUGGGGGUUUUACUUAAAAGUAAAGUUGCUAGUAAUGUGUCUUCAAUAAAAUAAGCAAUCUUAUUACUAUUUUAGAGAAGUAAUUAGUAAUCUGUAAUGGAUUUUUCCUGAGUAACUUACCCAACCACAGACGAAGCAACAUGUCCAGCGGCACUGAUUACAUCAUAACCUAACAAAAUAAAACAUUUAUUAGAACUUAACUAAAUAUUCUUGCUACAAGGAUUCUUUCACCGGUUUUCAACAAAGAGAAAUAAACAAAAGCUGUCCAUAGCAUUACCAAGCGAUGGGUAAAUGACGCAUAUGCCACCACUGUGGUAAUGCACAAUUCAGAUUUUCAUGGCCAAACCUACAAAAAAAAAAAAAAAAGUACACAACUAAAGUAAAUUGAAACAAGAAAAAAAUGUAUCAGUAAGACUAGACAUGGUUCAACAAAAAACAGGUGUGUAAACUAUGUUGGAAGAUUUUAAAAUAAGUGCACGGUCUACCUGCACAUUUGAAUGAAAAGGUUCUGUGCCCGCAUUAAACGGUGACUGCUCAGGUUCCCGACUACGCCUCUUCUACGCUUGAGACUUAAAUAGCCAAUAAUAAAUUAGAAACAAAUAUAAAAGCCAAUCUAAACUAAAACUUUAAUUUGACUAAUUUUCAAUUGGAUGGGCACUGCCCACCCUUGCCCACACGUAGCCACGCCUCUGGAGCAAACAUCUUUAAGACCAAGUCUUGGGGGAAUCAUUGGCAUAUUCAGUGCGGAGACAAAACAAUAAAGCUCUGAAGUUCUUCGACUCUCGGCUGGUUUUACAGCAGAAUCAGAAUCAUGGACAACUCCUCAAAGUGUUGCGCUUUCGAUGCACCCAUCUUGGACGAAGUCCUACCUCCUAUACUAUUCAUCGAAUUCAUUUUUGGUCUUAUGGGGAAUGUCCUCGCCCUCUCAAUGUUCUUCUUCCACAGGGACACCUGGAAGCCCAAUUCUAUUUAUCUAGCUCACCUGGCUGUGGCGGAUGCUGUGGUCCUUUUCUGCCUUCCUUUCAGGGCCGACUACUACCGCAGGGGCAAGGACUGGGUCUACGGAGAUGCCUUCUGCCGUAUUUUGCUGUUCCUUUUGGCCGCCAACAGAGCUGCUGGUAUAUUCUUCCUCACUGCCGUCGCCGUGGAUCGAUACCUGAAGAUCGUCCACCCUCUAAACCGCAUCAACCGCAUGGGUCUGCGCUACGCCCUGUGGGUGUCUGUUGGCCUUUGGGGUCUCAUCAUAGCCAUGACUGUCUACCUGUUAACAGACAAACAUUUCUACUAUCGAAACAACCGCACGCAGUGUGAGAGCUUCAACAUAUGUUUGGGACGCAAUGCAUUGUCUGAUUGGCACAAUUCAUUCUACGUUAUCCAGUUCUUUGUGCCCUCGUGCAUUGUUAGCUAUUGUACAGCUUGUAUUACGUGGCAACUGAAAAGUAAGACGGUGGACACACAGGGCAAAAUCAAGAGGGCAGUGCAGUUUAUUUUAGCAGUUGCUCUGGUUUUCAUUAUAUGUUUCUUCCCAAGCAACGUCUCUCGUAUUGCAGUGUGGGUGCUGAAGAGCUGGCAUAACGAGUGCCACUAUUUCCGUGAUGCAAAUGUAGCUUUUUACACCACUGUCUGCUUUACCUACUUCAACAGCGUACUCAAUCCCAUCGUUUAUUAUUUCUCCAGCCCCGCGUUCAGUGGAUCCCUCAAGAAACUCUAUAUGAAGCUUCUAGGAAAGAAAAUGGAGGAUGAGAACAAUGAGAAGAACAAUCAUAGUUCUGUUACAGUAUCAGCUAAUGUCUCUUAA